AUGAAACGUGCCCUGCCGAUCAUCUUGUGCGCCCUGCUGCCCGGCACGAUCGCCGAAGAUCGCCACCUGGUGGUGUACAAGAGCAUCGGUUCGGUGUACAACGAGUGCCGGCAGUACCUGGGCUACCCGAGGUCCCGGUCGCCGGCCGAUCUGACCGAACCCUGUCUGGACUACUGCGGCGGAGUUCAGAUCCGCUUCUGGGACAUCGAGCGCGGUACGAUCCUGCCCGAUCACACCACCCGAUACCUGGAGAUUGAUCUGUCGCGGGAGGAGUUCUUCCCGCAGACGGAGCAGUGCUUCGAGCGGGUUCAGGAAACGGUUCCGGAGGAGGACCGGUGCCGCAGGACGCAGGAGCACGUGGCCUGCUUCGCGCCGAACGCGACGAUCAACUUCGACCGGAAGUUCUUCUUCGUCAAGACGAAGCUGCAGCACCAGCGGACGGUGCUGGAUUGCGUUGGGAUGUUGCAGAUUGGUUCGGAGGAGUUGGAAACGAUUUGCGAGGGGGGGUUGCUGAACGAUCCAAGAGGACGUCGAUUGGUUCGGUGCUUUUUGGUGCGGGAGAAGCUGUACAGCGAGGCGAAUGGGGUGGACUACUACCGGAUACUGAUGGAGAGCGAUCAGUUCCGGGGGCAUCGCGAGCGGAAAGAGCUCGCAAGGAACUGUGUUGCCAGACUGCAGCGGGAGUUCCUGGAUCGGGACACGUUGGCCGCACGAAUUGCGGCUGAGUGUUUCGAGAGCAAGUUCUGGAACCUGAUCAACAGUUACGUUGAAUCGGCGAUUGCCCAGGAUUAA